AACUAUCCAUCUCAGCAUUGCCUGAUCCCAACUAACACUGAUAACUCUUCGGCGACUGCUACCUUCGUUCUCUUCACGGUUAAGCAUCAAAUCAGCGUUCAAUGGAAACCGGCGGCAAGGCAAAGAAAGGCGCAGGAGGAAGGAGAGGAGGCGAGAAGAAGAAGUCAGUUUCUCGCUCCGUCAGAGCCGGUUUACAGUUCCCCGUUGGCCGUAUCGCUCGUUAUCUGAAGCAUGGAAGAUACGCUCGGCGUGUUGGUACUGGCGCUCCUGUCUACUUAGCCGCAGUCAUGGAGUAUUUAGCCGCCGAGGUUCUAGAGUUAGCCGGAAACGCGGCGAGAGACAACAAGAGGAACAGGAUCAUUCCAAGGCACGUUCUAUUGGCGAUUAGGAACGAUGAAGAACUCGGAAAGUUGCUCGCUGGCGUAACUAUUGCUAGCGGCGGCGUUCUUCCAAAUAUCAACCCGGUUCUAUUGCCAAAGAAGACGGAUAAGGCUACGAAAGAGCCGAAAUCUCCAUCGAAGGGUGCGAAGUCUCCGUCGAAGGCGGCUUGAAGGUUGAAUUGCAGAGUUAGGGUUGGA